AUGGAUAACCUGGCGUCGACCUAUUUGCAGCAGGGGCGGUGGACGGAUGCCGAGCAGCUCUUUGUGCAGGUGAUGGAGACCCGAAAAGCCAAACUCGGCGAGGACAAUCCUGAAACGUUGACGAGUAUGGGUGGCCUGGCGUCGACAUAUUUGCAGCAGGGCCGGUGGACAGAGGCCGAGCAGCUCUUUGUGCUGGUGAUAGAGACCCGAAAAACGAAACUCGGCGAGGUCCAUCCUGACACGCUGACGAGUAUGGAUAAUCUGGCAUCGACUUAUUUGCAGCAGGGGCGGUUGGAGGAGGCCGAGCACCUCUUCGUGAAGGUGAUGGAGACCCGAAAAUCGAAACUCGGCGAGGUUCAUCCUGACACGUUGACGAGUAUCGGUGGCCUAGCAUUGACCUAUUUGAAGCUGGGCCGGUGGGAGGAGGCCGAGCGGCUCCAGGUACAGGUGAUGGAGAUCAGCAAGAUGAAAAUCAGCGAAGACCAUCCCGACACGCUAGCGAGCAUGAAUAACCUGGCGUUGACGUAUAGUGCGCAGGGGCAGUGGGAGGAGGCCGAGCGGCUCCAGGUGCAGGUGAUGGAGAGGAGCAAGAUGAAAAUCAGCGAAGACCAUCCCGACACGCUAGCGAGCAUGAAUAACCUGGCGUUGACGUAUAGUGCGCAGGGGCGGUGGGAGGAGGCCGAGCGGCUCCAGGUGCAGGUGAUGGAGAGGAGCAAGAUGAAACUUGGGGUAGACCAUCCUGAAACGCUGAUCAGCAUGAAUAACCUGGCGUUGACGUAUAGGGAGAAGGGGCGGUGCGAGGAGGCCGAGCGGCUCCAGGUGCAGGCGAUGGAGAAGUGCAAGGCGAAACUCGGAGUGGACCACCCUGAAACGCUAGCGAGCAUGAAUAACCUGGCGCUGACGUAUAGGGAGCAAGGGCGGUGGGAGGAGGCCGAGCAGCUCCAGAUGCAGGUGAUGGAGAAGUGCAAGUCGAAACUUGGGGUGGACCAUCCUAAGACGCAAAUGAGCAUGAAUAACCUGGCGUGGACUUAUUCGCAGCAGGGGCGGUUGGAGGAGGCCGAGCGGCUCCAGGUGCAAGUGAUGGAUACGAACAAGACGAAACUCGGCCAGGACCAUCCUUACACGCUUAUAAGCAUGGCCAACUUAGCGGCGAGCUAUAUGGAGCAGGGGCGGUCAGAGGAGGCCGAGCAGCUCUUCGUGAAGGUGAUGGAGACCCGAAAAACCAAACUCGGCGAGGACCAUCCUCAAACGUUAGCGAGCAUGAAUAACCUGGCGACGACCUAUUCGAACCAAAGCCGAUGGGAGGAGGUCGAGCAGCUCUUCGUGCAGGUGAUAGAGAAGUGCAAGAAGAAACUCGGCGAAGACCAUCCUGAUACGUUGACGAGUAUGGCCAACCUAGCGGUGACCUAUAAGAAUCAGGGGCGGUUAGAGGAAGCUGAGCGUCUCCAGGUGCAGGUUAUAGAGAUAAGCAAGACCAAACUUGGCGAGGACCAUCCUUGCAUAUUAACGCGCAUGAAUAACCUGGCGUUGACGUAUGGUGCGCAGGGCCGGUGGGACGAGGCCGAGCAGCUCCAGGUGCAGGCGAUGGAGGAGUGCAAGGCGAAACUUGGAGUGGACCAUCCUACCGCACAGCUGAUUAAGGCCAACCUAGAGACAAUACGAAGAGGAAGAAGGAACAGGGCCCGUACUUGGGCCCCGGGAAGCUUGACGAGGAUCUUCUCAAGACUAUUAUCAUAG